AUGGGAAAAGUACAACCAGGAAAUGCAGAUGCAGCUUCCAAGCAGCCCCCGCCAAAGCCGCAAAACAACUUCACGAAGUGGAUAACACGUAUAGCUGCAUUGCUGCUCCUUGCUGCAACAUUCACCUGGCUCGAUGGUAUCAAGGACCGGUGGUACAUCCUAGAACCCAAGUUCCUGCAUGAGCUUGCGCAAGAAGCCAUCUCCAUCUCACCCAAUGACCCCCAAGGCAUGAUCACCCACAUCCUCACCAACCUCACCUCUACAUACCCGCAAAUCGACUCCCCUGCCCUCUCCCUUAACGUGAACGCCUCCGAGUGGGUGUUCAACAACGCUGGAGGCGCAAUGGGCGCAAUGUACAUCAUACACGCGUCCAUCACCGAGUACCUCAUUAUUUUCGGUACCCCUCUAGGCACGGAAGGACACACGGGGUUGCACACCGCAGAUGACUACUUUCAUAUCUUAGUCGGUGAGCAGUGGGCAUUCAGACCAGGCGCAUUGGAGAUGGAGAAGUAUGGCCCUGGGGACGUGCACUUCCUCCCGAGGGGUACGGCGAAGCAAUAUAAGAUGCAUGAGGGAUGCUUUGCGCUUGAGUAUGCUCGGGGCUGGAUCCCGUUGAUGAUGCCCUUUGGUCUUGCGGAUACAUUCACAUCUACACUAGAUCUUCCGACGUUAUACCACACCGUUCGCAUCACGGGUCGGGAAAUGAUUAAGAACUUGCUUGUUGGCAAGAUAUGA